AUGGCACCAGUAGCUGAAAAUAAAAAGAGACCAAUCACACUACCUCCUGAGGCUGAACAGCCCCAGAAAAAAGUUAGGACUCAUCGAAAAAGAAACAAGACCAAGAAGUACAAGCAUAAACGAAUUGAUCCUACCAGUCCAUUUGGAGUUUUGGAGUAUGAAAUAAAGGAGUUAUGUGAAGAAUACAAUCUUACUCUUGAUGAGAUAUCCAACGAUAUGAAAGGCGUUUUAAACAAUGCCGCCAUACAAGAGUCAUACCACCGACAAGUUGAACAUGUUAGUAUAUUAUGUUUCACAUCCAACGGAGAUUCACUUGCAUUGGUACCACAUAUCGAUGAGUUGAAAAAGAAACAAGUUGUCGUUGUACCAUUCGGCAUACCUGGUGAUGAGGUUACUAUCAAAAUAUUCAAAACGCAUCCAUUAUUCGCCGAAGCUGAUUUGUUAUCCAUACAAUCUCCAUCCAAGUUACGUGACAAUUCUAUUAUCAAGUGUCGAUAUUUUGGUAAAUGCUCAGGUUGUCAAUUCCAAGACAUCACCUAUGAUGAACAAUUGAAUAUCAAGAGACAGACCAUUGUCAAUGCGUUCAAACAUUUUGCACCACAAUUAUCGGAGUUGAAGAAAUUGCCCCAGGUGCUAGAAACCCAGGGAUCUCCUUUACAGUACAAUUAUAGAACCAAAUUGACGCCUCAUUUCGAUAUAGCUACUAAAAAGACUGGUGCAGAUUUAGAGCAUCGUCCUAAUUUUGGGUUUGGAGCAAAGGGAAGACCAACGUGGAGGAAAAGCGAUUUUGGUCCCGCUGGGUCAAUAUUGGACAUUGAGGAGUGCAACAUAGGUACGCAAGUUGUCAAUAUAGGGUUGCGCAAUGAACGCAAGAGAUUGGAGAGCACUUACAAGACGUAUGAAAAGGGAGCAACAAUUUUAUUACGCGAAGAUACAAAAGUGAAGGAUGGUACUUUUGAACUAGGGGAAGCAUCAAGAGACGAGGAUGGGCAAGUUUCAAGUGUAACUAAAGAAGCGGAGAACAAAACUUUAGUCAAAACAUGUGUUACUGAGUCACGUCAAGUUGUUCAAGAAAUCAUCAAUGAGUUUAAAUUUGAAUUUUCAGCCGGUGAAUUUUUCCAAAAUAACAAUUCCAUCUUGUCAUUGGUCACCAGUUACGUUAAAUCCAACUUAUUACAAUCAAAACCCAACUAUCUUGUCGAUGCUUAUUGCGGAUCAGGUUUAUUUUCCAUCACAUGUUCGGAGAAUGUAUCUAAAGUAAUUGGAGUUGAAGUUAGUGCUGAUUCGGUCAAGUUUGCUCGUCAUAAUGCCCAACUCAACAAGAUUGAAAAUGCACAGUUCAUUGUUGGUAAAGCAGAGGAAAUUUUUAAAGACAUUAAUACUCCAGCUGAUCAAACCUCGGUUAUUCUCGACCCUCCAAGAAAAGGAUGUGACGAUGUGUUUUUGAAUCAAUUGAGUGCUUACAACCCGGCAAAGGUUGUGUACAUAUCAUGUAAUGUGCAUUCACAAGCUAGAGAUAUAGAAUGGUUUUUGACCAACACCGAAAAUGGAUCAAAGUAUGAGGUGGAGAGUAUUAAAGGAUUUGACUUUUUCCCGCAAACUCAUCAUGUCGAAUCGGUUGCAGUAUUGUCUUUGAGGUAG